GCAACAUUACAAUUACUCACAAACUCACAUCAACACAAGAUGACCAUCUACACUACAUCGGUCGCGGCCCUGGCCCUCCUGCUAGGCACCGCUCACGGCCACAUGGUAAUGACCACCCCCACUUCCUUUAACCUCCACGGGACAGCCAAGCUUCUGCAGGUCGACCCCCUCGGGGCGUUCCCUUUCCCGUGUCAGGGUAUGUUUGACGUCGUCGAGACCACCUCGAUCACCGCGGGCAACACCCAGACGGUCAAGGUGGACGGCGGUGCCCAGCACGGCGGCGGUUCCUGCCAAUUCAGUCUGACCUACGAGAACCCGCCGCCGGCGGACAAGUCCAAGUGGAAGACCAUCUACACCAUCAUCGGCGGGUGCCCCGUCCAGGCCGAGACCAACCUGCCCGUGACGGGCCUGGACGCCGACGGCCGGGCCCAGUCCCUCCAGUGCGGCAACGACAGCGGCGUCGAGUGCAUCCGCCAGUUCGACAUCCCCAUCCCCAAGGAGCUGCCCAACGGCAACGCCACCUUCGCCUGGACCUGGUACAACAAGAUCGGCAACCGCGAGGUGUACAUGAACUGCGCGCCCGUGACCAUCAGCGGCGGCGCCGGCAACCAGCAGUUCUUCGAGGACCUGCCGCCCCUUUUCCUGGCCAACGUCCCCGGCGAGUGCACCACGGGCAACGGCGUGUUCAACAUCCCCAACCCCGGUAGGUACGGUAGGAUCCUGGAGCAGCCCGCGCCCGGGAACGAAGGGUCGUGCCCCAAGGCCGACCUGCCGACCUUUGAGGGCGGUAGCGGUAGCGGUAGCGGCGGCGGCGGCAACGGCAGUGGAGGUGGCUCGUCAGUCGUCCCCCCUCCCGCCCCAAGCUCCUCGGCCCCCCCUGUCGCAUGCCCUCCCCCCUCUUCCUCUGGGUUUAUCACGCAGACCGUCCCCGCAAGCGCGUCCCCAACUUCUGUUGUUGCCGCUCCGGCGCCGAGUGCCACGAACGGUGGCGGUGGCGCCGGCACUGUUCCGCCCGGCGGCCAGCCCUGCCCCGAGAAUGGUGCCAUUAUCUGCUUCAGCCCGACGUCGUUCGGACUCUGCGCGAAUGGCGUGGCCAUCCCCCAACCAGUGGCCCCGGGCACUACAACCGCUGGAAUCCGGAAGGCGAAUGACAAGUUCCUAAAACCCAACUGCCCAGGCGUUUAA